GCGUAGAGUUAUCUCCCCUGUACCAGUUGUGAAAGUUUUGUCAACCAACAGAAGAGGGGAGACAGAACCCAGCAAGAUGUCUGCAAUUUAUCGCAGCAUGAUUGCUGCAGCUGACAGAUUUGUCCCUCACAGUCUAGUGCCUUUGUGGAAUAGUCCAGCAGGUCCAAAAACAAUCUUCUUCUGGGCUCCUACCUUCAAAUGGGCAUUAGUUAUUGCAGGUAUAGGUGACAUUGCUCGUCCCCCCGAGAAACUGAGUCUAUACCAGUCAUCAGCUCUUGCUGCUACAGGUUGUAUAUGGGCGCGGUACUCCCUUGUGAUCAUCCCAAAGAACUACAAUCUGUUUAUGGUGAAUAUCUUUGUCGGUUUGACGGGAAUAUUCCAGCUGAGCAGAAUUUUUACGUAUAGAAAAUCUCUUCGGGAGGGACAGCCUGCCUUACCAGCCCCAGAAACCACACCAGCUGCAGAAGGGAAAUCUCCGUAGCAAGUGAUAAUGUAUACAAGGGACAACGUACGCACAAGAAAACAAACCAAACCUAACAAACUUGAGGAAUUUGAUACUAAUAUUUACAAUUUUAAAAUUCUGCCAUAACAUGUGAAAUAUACAAAGGGAGAUAAGUCCGCAGCGACUAAUUUGGGAACUUGUGAUCCAGGAUUUGUUUAGUAUCUAAAUCUAUCUUAAUAAUCAUGAAGAAAAUGAUCACAUUUCAUUUGUAAUAUUGAGGUGUUUUACUGACAGUAUUGAAAUAUUUAUUCAGAGUGUAAAGUGAAUGUGUUGGUUGUGAGAGAAACCAUGGUAACAGAUGCAGUGUUUAUUCAGUGAUGUCUGGAUCAGGGAUACAUAUCGGCAUAUAUUCAAUUAUGAUGGAGGGUCGCAGGAUAUGUUAUCAGUAACAAGCCUGGAGAGCAUCCAUGGAUGCUUGCAUCGUUAUUUAGUCUGUGUGAUUAUCAAUCAUCUGCAAUGAGUGAUUCAAACCCCUUGUUAAAGAGUUCAUUAGGAUCUGGGUGACCUGUGAUAUUCACAUCAAGGUUUUAUGAUAAGAGAGAAAAUUGAUUUGAUUUUGUUAAUGUCAACAGAAAGUGGUCUGUUACCAGUAGGUAUAUGCAUUUAGGUUUUAAUGAAUGUGUUGUGUGAAAAGGCAAGUCAGAGGUAGAUGCAAAUGGCCAUAUCCAGCUAGUCCACAGCUCAUUUCGGACUAGAGGUUUAUGUAAAACUACAGGUCCGUCACGAUUUUUGACAGUCUCGCACUAAUGGACGAGUGGUCGUGUCUAGCCCUGCAAAUAAUGCUACCUCGUCAGGGAAGAUUUUGUUGGUCAAGAUAUCAAAUGUAACUUAAGGGUUACAUUUUUUUAUAAAAGAAUUGGUUCUCAGGCAAUAACUUUUGAAAAUAUAGUGUGGGCGUGCGUUGUUUUUUUGCUGGUUCAAACUAGCAUGUAUGUAACCAAAUAAAAAGGUGUGUACCAUCAUCCUGGGAAAGUGCCUCCCUACUUAAACAAGCAUGCAAAAUCCUUUUGCCGCCAUGACCAUAUCUCGAGAUGCACAGUAAAACAGUGCACAUGUAAAGGGAAGUAACUGCAUGCAAUAUUGGAUCGCAUUUUUUAAAAUAGGAGGAUUUUAAUUUUUUGGGGGAAAAUGGAAAUAAAAGCGAAAUGUGGGGCAGGCUUUGAUGAUGGGGGCGGUGCCUGAGAACCAAGACUAUUUUUUUUAGCCUAAGGUAUAAGGGGCUUUGUGUCAUCAGUGUUCCUUUUUCCUCUUUAUUUUCAAGCUUGUGUUUCUUUAAAUCUAACCAGCUAGAUGAGGUUCCUGCCUUGUUGUUUACUGGUUGAGGAUGUACGUUGUUUAUUUAUGGUGGUAGACUGAUCUUGAUUGAAAGGAGCACAUCAUGGUGACAAGGGACAUAACUCAAACUUUUAAAGCCCUCGUCAAGGCAUUUAGAAAAAAUAAAAAUUUGAGUG